AUGGCCAGCCAUGGGAUACCCCGCCACAGCUCGAAGGAGAAAUCCGAAGAAACUCGUCAACAAGAGCUUCGCAAAAUAGAGAAAUACCAGGAGCUGGAUCAGUUAGUCCGUGCGAAGAUUGCAGAACAGCAGUAUACACCUGAAACACUUCAAAAAAUCUCCGAAUUGUUGACCAAAAAUCCGGAGUACUACACGGUGUGGAACUAUCGACGCCGGGUUCUGCGGCACGAAUUUACACAGGCUGCAUCAAGCGACUCGAAUGAAGCUGCAGCGGACCAGAUAACAACUUUAAUCAAGAAUGACCUGCUGUUCCUGAUGCCGCUACUGCGCAGUUUUCCUAAGUGCUACUGGAUAUGGAACUAUCGUUUAUGGCUCCUAGAUGAAGCUAAACGUCUGCUGCCGCUCUUCAUUUCCCGAAGAAUUUGGGAAGAAGAGUUGGUGCUUGUGGGCAAAAUGCUUCGCCUAGACAGCAGAAAUUUCCAUGGCUGGGGCUACCGACGAGUUGUCGUGGACACGUUAGAGACACUUACAUCUGAAGAACAGGGGGAGAGUAUGGCGGAGGCAGAAUUCGAGUAUGCGAAGAAGAUGAUUGGGACCAAUCUCUCUAACUUUUCCGCGUGGCAUUAUCGGACGAAGCUUAUCCAGCGAUUGCUGAAUGAGAAAUCAGCCACUGAUGCGGAACGAAGAACGAUGCUCAAUGACGAACUGGAGCUUAUCCAUCGCGCCCUGUGUGACCCAUAUGACCAGUCACUAUGGUUUUAUCACCAAAACUUAAUGUGCACAUUUGACCCAGCUACAUCAGGGCAGACGAUGGCACCAAACCUCAGUCAGUCGGAGCGGUUGGACUAUGUCCACCAAGAGAUCGAGGAGAUUCAGGAUAUGCUGGACGGGGCGGAGGAUUGUAAGUACAUCUACCAGGCAUUAAUCGACUGUACCUUGUUGGCAUCGAAAAUUGAAGGCACCAUGUCCAGCGGCGAUCAACAAAAGGUUUUGAGCUGGAUCUCGGAAUUGAAGAAAAUAGACCCGCUUAGGCAGGGACGGUGGCUGGAUUUUGAGCGUUCACUCUGCAGAUAA